AUGCAACCUCCAGCGAUGGAAGCUAUGGAGCCAAAGAGAAUCAGAACACAAAGCAGUAGUGAAACGCAGAGCGUAAGGGACAAGAAGGUGAGGGACAUGAUAGCAGACAAGAAGAGACUUGUGGAGGUGCCGUACACGGCGUCGUUGGCCCACACCAUGAACGCCCUGGUGGCCAACCGGGUGUUGGCGGUGCCAGUGGCUGCGCCUCCGGGGCACUGGAUUGGAGCUGGUGGUUCCAUGAUCUUGGAGUCUGAUAAACAGACUGGUGCUGUGAGGAAGCACUAUAUAGGGAUGGUGACCAUGCUGGACUUACUGGUCCACAUCGCCGGAGAUGAUGCCGACGGCGGCGGUGGUGGUGAUGGCACACUUGACUGUAUGGAAGUGUUUAGCAAAGGGAUCCAUCGUGCUCUUGUACCACUGGGCAGCCACAUGCAAAAUAUAGCUGGAGUCGAGCUAGUAGAAUCUGCACCAAGUUACCAGAUGCUAACACAAGUGGAUCUCUUGAGGUUCUUAAAGGCACACGACUCUGAGCUGAAAGGUAUCAUGUCACACAAUGUCGAAGAACUUGGAGCAGUGACAAAGAGCGUUUUUGGAGUAACUAACCGCACCAAAGUUAUUGAAGCCAUUAAAUGUAUGAGAGCUGCCUCACUUAGUGCUGUACCAAUUGUUGAAGCUUCAAGUGCCAUUGAAGAGGAUCACGGGCAGCUUCCGGAACUUGAUCGAAAUUACGCAUAUAUUUUACAGGGAAAAGGUAGAAAGCUUGUGGGGACAUUUUCUGCAACUGAUCUAAGAGGCUGCCCUAUUUCUCAGCUGCAAUUCUGGUUGCCUUUAAGCGUUUUAGACUUCAAAGAAAAACACUCGACAAGUCCAUUGCCUGCAGCUUCAGACACGGCAGUGUCAUCGAGGGAACUCGUGACUUGCCAUGCUGAAUCAUGCCUCGCGGAAGCCAUUGAAAAGGCCCUUACCAAGCAUGUGCACCGAAUUUGGGUUAUUGAUCACCUGGGUCACCUAGUUGGGGUUGUUGCUCUCACAGAUAUUAUCAGAGUGAUGAGGGUCUCAUUGCUGUCUUGA